AAUAUGAAAUGCAACGACGCUAUGGAUUUGUGUCAACACUUUUUUAUUCUGCCCCUCUAUAGUCACGAGGUCUUAGCAGCUUUCGAAUACACGAAGAACCCUUACAAACUCCAGGUCGGUGUUCGAGAAGGGAUACAAAGCAGAGACUGGAGAUUUUUUCAGGACGACUGUGAUGGGAAGUAUCGAUGGUGCGAAUCCGUCGACUCUGAAGCGAGUUGGGACUACGACGAAUCGAGGAGAUACACGACUUGCUUCGAAAACUCCUUUGAUGAUAUUUCGAUACCCGAAGGAUGCGCUAAGCCGCUUGCCGUCGUAACUUAUGACAGUCAUCAUUACGAUGACAAAGUGCGCGGCCAGCAGAUGCUACUCUGUCUGCCCUAGUUUGCAUGGUUGUAAUCAAAUCAUCACAGGUCAUAGUAAGCAGGAAUGUUGACCAGACAUUCAGGAGUCGAAUUUAGAAAUUCAACUUCAUGAAACUAUUAUAUCGCAGAC